CAGGCCUCCCGGAGCGGCUUCGGGGAGCCCGGCUGUUGGAGGUUUGAGGGCAGAGCCGGGUGGACAGAGAAGCCGCAGGUCCGUAGGGCUGCGCUCCCUGCCUGCUCCUCCCGGCCGCCCUCCUGGGGUCUGCAGGCUAAGCAGGCGGGGCAUCGUGCCAGCUGUGUUCAGACGGAGGAGCAUGACUCAUGAAUGGGUCGACAAACCCAUUUAGUAGCUAACGAUCCGCGUUUUAGAAAACCUAAUAGCGAUGAUCCGGGUGCCCGGCAAGUAGCAGGGGGCUGGUCACCCACCGCCGAGGAGGCCCAGCCUUUGCCCAGCUCCAGCCACAGCCUCUGAACACGAUGGAGGUCGAGCCCCGGGCCGGUCCCUGAGCCCCUGAGCGGGGAGGCCCCCGAGGCCCGAAGAUGGGGAACUCCACCGCCGAGAACAACUCCCUGUGCACCAUCGACCACACCAUCCACCAGACGCUGGCCCCGGUGGUCUACGUGGCGGUGCUGGUGGUGGGCUUCCCGGCCAACUGCCUGUCGCUCUACUUCGGCUACCUGCAGAUCAAGGCCCGGAACGAGCUGGGCGUGUACCUGUGCAACCUGACGCUGGCCGACCUCUUCUACAUCUGCUCGCUCCCCUUCUGGCUGCAGUACGUGCUGCAGCACGACCACUGGUCGCACGGGGACCUGUCCUGCCAGGUGUGCGGCAUCCUCCUCUACGAGAACAUCUACAUCAGCGUGGGCUUCCUCUGCUGCAUCUCCAUCGAUCGCUACCUGGCCGUGGCGCACCCGUUCCGCUUCCACCAGUUCCGCACCCUCAAGGCGGCCGCGGGCGUGAGCGCGCUCAUCUGGGUCAAGGAGCUGCUGACCAGCGUGUACUUCCUGAUGCACAAGGAGGUGGUGGAGGACGAGGACCGGCACCGCGUCUGCUUCGAGCACUACCCGCUGGAGCCCUGGCAGCGCGGCAUCAACUACUACCGCUUCCUGGUGGGCUUCCUGUUCCCGCUGGGCCUGCUGCUGGCCGCCUACCGCGGCAUCCUGCGCGCCGUGCGCCGCAGCCACGGCACCCAGAAGAGCCGCAAGGACCAGAUCCAGCGGCUGGUGCUCAGCACCGUGGUCAUCUUCCUGGCCUGCUUCCUGCCCUACCACGCGCUGCUGCUCGUGCGCAGCCUCUGGGAGGCCAGCUGCCAGUUCGCCAGGGCCGUCUUCAACGCCUACCACUUCUCCCUGCUUCUCACCAGCUUCAACUGCGUGGCCGACCCCGUGCUCUACUGCUUCGUCAGCGAGUCCACGCACCGGGACCUGGGCCGCCUCCGCGGGGCCUGCCUGGCCUUCCUCAGCUGCGCCGGGCCCGGCCGGGCCGGGGAGGCCUACCCGCUGGGCGCCCCCGACGCCUCCGGGAAGAGCGAUGAGCCCGAGCUGCUGGCCAGGCUCCACUCGACCUUCCAGACCCCGAACUCGCCCGGAGUCGGGGGGUCCCCCGUGGGCGGCUUGGCCUAGCCGGGGGGUGGCCCACCGUCGGGGGCCCCGUGGGGCCUGUGCUGGCACCGCCCGCACCCGCUCGGCCAGGAGCCAGAGCCUCUUUCCGCUGUGGGGGAUGGUGGCCUGGGCCGCGGCGAGACCCCUGGUCCCAGGGAGCCUGCUGCGGCUUGCUGAGCCCGGGGGCGCGGGGUGGGCCCCGUGGGCUCCCGGGUGUUGCUGGGCCUCUGUGGAGGGGAAGACAGUGAACUGUCACCUCCGUGAGGUUCUCCAGGAGAAGCUGGGGAAGGGGUGCGUGUGCAGAGUGAGGACGUGAAGGGUGGGGACCUGGAGAUGGGAGCGGGUACCUGGGUGCGCACCUGCCGGGACCUGCCAGUGCCAUCGUCACAGAUGACGCCUGUGCAGACGCCCUGGAGCUUCCCGAGGACGUGACACAUGUGGCUGUACGGUCGUUAACACGCGGGCCCCAGUCCUCUGUGGAAAGCUGACCGGCGGGGGUGGCAUGGGAAGGGAGGUGGGGAGGCGUUCGGGCCCUGGCACUGCGUGGGGGGGACAGUGCAGGGAGUGACGGGAGAGGAUGUGCCCAGCUCCAGGAGAGAGUUGAGCGGAUCCCCCAGGCCCGGGGACUAAUGGAAGACAGAUCCCGGGGCGCCCUGGGGCUCCCUGGGGCCAUGCCUGUGGGCCUUUUAAACAGCCAGUACUGAAAGCUCAGGGUAGAGGCCUAAAGCCAGCGUGUCUCACGGAGUUCCCAACACACAGUCUAAUGAGUUUUCCGUUUCCAUCUGCCCAGAAGCACUGGACACGGAAGCUGCUGUGUGUGUGCACAUGCGUGUGUGCACGUGAGUGUGUUCACGGUUAAAAUGCCAGGGUCUCCGUGACUGCUGUGUGCCAUGACACUGAGGCGAGGGUUAUGUGCCUGCUGGCAGCAUUGCUCCCCCCCCCACCAGUUCCUGCCUUUGUCCCCUGCCACACACCCUGUGGAGUGUCGAGCCGGUUCAGAGGGGCGCGUGGCAUUCUCUCCGUGUUCUCACAUACAACAAAACAGAACAGAGACACGUUCUCCAGCAUCUCUCAGCCCAGAGGCCUGGGGUUAAGCUCCCCAGUGGUUUAAUAGCCCCUGGGACAAGGAGAGGAGGGGGCCCUGGGCUUGCCCUCCCUCCUUGGUCCUCCAGCGAGGACCAGGAGGUCCUCCCUCCCCUCUGCCAGGGGCCCUCCUCACCACCUGGAGAGUGAGAGUGGGCCCGUGAGGCCACCUGUACCCCAGGGGACUGACUGCCAUCUUUUGUUCUGUCCUGGAAGGUUCAGCGCGGGCUCAUCUCUCCCACAACUUUGUGCCUGACCGCGUUGAGCCUCCACCCUGGUGAACAUACCAAGGACCAGAAGAACUUCCUGUUGCUCCAAGGAUCUGUCCACCUUUGCGGAAAGUGCUAGCCCUUCAGAUUUCCUGGUGGGCGAGCUGGGGCCGGCUCUGACUUCCCUCCGAGUUCUGGGAUUCAAGCCACCCACGCCCAAGGGGCUAGGUGGACUCGAGCCUUGGGAGGGGCCAGGGAUCGGGAGAUACCAGCUGGUGUCCACAGAACAUUUCUGGAAUCUCCUGAAAGGAAGGCCAAGGGGAACAUCUUGAAUCUCUCUUCCCCUCUACCCCCAUCCUUCUCUAAAAGGUAGAGUUAUCCAGAGUCUCUUACUCUCCAAUGAGAAGUACCCAGAGGCUGGAUGUGCCCAGGGAAGCGGCUUUGGCUUUGAGUGGGUAGCCCUAUUCUAGCUCCUUAUGGAGAGCCAACCAUAACCCGAGGAGCUUCUCUUCCCCUUCCUGGAGAAGGAAGUGACCGGAUCUGAAGGUGGCAGAAAUGGCCACUCUGCCAAGGAAAGUCUACCCAGCCCCAGCUCAGAAUCAGAGUGGGGCAAUGGCACUGGUUGAGGCCUCCAUGCCUCCUCACCCCAAAUUUCCCCCUAUUUUGACCUUAAACGUGGGUGUCCCCGUUGGGAUGGACUGGGAUGAGCUGAGGGUGGUUUCUUUUCCUAUCAAGAGUUGUAUUUUUGUAUUGUCCUCUCUUUUAUGCCAAGUAUGUGUGUGUUGGACUGUGCAAUGGAUUUAUGUAGUAAACUUGAGUCUGCAAAUAAAGUAAAGUAACCAGCCACA